AGGCGAUUCGUAUUUUAUUCAACAAAAACGUCAACGUGGGAUGAGUGUCAAUGUUCAAGCAACAUCUGGACAGUUUCGGUUUUAGCAAGGUGAAAAAUGAGGAUCGUCGUAGCAGGUUGCUGUUUGUUGAAAGAGAACUAGGCGUUUUUGUUCUAGGAAAUGUAGAAUAUGGAUCGGCUCGCCAAGCGACGACGAGGAGCUGCACACGGUGGCGGCAAUGUUGGCACUAGUACUAGUAGCUCCAGCAGUGCAAGUACUGACUUCCCCGGCGUUGGGGGGCUUCCAAUGGCCGGCCAACAGCAUCCGCUUUUUUUUCGAGGUUUUCCUUCGACGACGGUUCCGCCUUGGACACCAAUGCACAACGUGAUGGGGGGUGCUGCAGGACUACACACGAGCACAAACUUUGCCGCGGAUGAUCAAAAUACCACCCUGCUAAGGGGAGCGGGGAUGACGCAGUUCGGCGGGGCGUCUUCAUCGAGUGCGACAUUCUUCCCAGGAAGUGCUGGGUUUGCGAUGCCGCAGCAACCACCUGCUGCAGGUCCCGUGAUGUCGAGCGUCAACACGAAUACUGCUGCUUUUCCUAUCGGAUCUCAUGAUCCACGACACACAUUUACAUUUCGCCAGCAGAGUAGUGGUAGUCGGGGACAUCUUUCGCACCUUCAGCAACAACACACUAUUCCUGGUAGUCACAACGUGUUCGAAGGAGUCCUUUCGCAUCCUUCGCAACAAGUGGCGCAGGGAACGAACCAGGACAAGCUUCCUACUUCUGUUGCAAGUGGAGGAGGAGGAAACUCCUCGGGAACAUAUUCGAGUAGCAACCUUCUGAGAGGACGACCCGUUGCGCCAAUAGUUGUCUCGAAAAAGUAUAAGAACGCCCCAGCAGGACCGCUAAUGCGCAUGAUGAGGUCGGAGAGGUCACACAACAAUCUUGCGCGUAAAAGUUCGUCACUCAGCACUGGUGUAAAAAAAGCACGAAGUGCAACAUCAACAAGUAAGGUUUCAACAGUAAGAAAAACAAAACUAUCGGCUGUUUUGCCAAGGAGGCGCCGCCGUCGCGGCCGGAUGAGAACGGCAUCUGCUAGUCGGUCAGACUGUUCAGCACUAGCAAGUAGUUCCCACACCUCUACUACCUCGCGGUCGUCAAAGCUGCAAAGGGGGCGAGCUUCAGACCAACAUCACCUGAGCAAUUCUGAUUGGAAGGCAAUGGGCUCCUCACAGCGUACAGCUAAAAGUAGAAGAAGCGCAAACCUUCUCGGUUCUCCACAAGCGCUACGGUCAUGGAAAGGCAACCCUGUUUAUCCCGGAUCCCAGCUACCACCGUAUCUAGGGAAGUUUUAUCAAGCAGAUGUAUCUGGCAAGCAAUGUCUUCGAAGGACGCCGUUUGCCCGUGACGCUGUCUUAUACUACAACUUGCGCACUCCAGAGCACUUUUGGCGGCUUCAAGAUCACCGUGUCCUGCCAGAAAUUUGGUGGAAGUGGCUACGGUAAUGCUUAUUCUGGCUACUCGAGGGAUUUCACAUGUUUGAAAUGUUCUUCUUCCAAUUUCUUGUUCUUCAACAUGAUGAUGAUGUUGACCACAACACGACUGUGAGGCAAGUUGGACUCCAGGGUAUCUAUUUAGUAGUUGAUGGUAACAACAACAAUGAUAAAUUUCGUGAAUGUUGUAUAUGUAUUCAGUUCUUUCUUCCACCUUCCACAGGGGCGCAUGCCGGAAAUCGCACCGCCCAGAAGUAUUACCCUGUCCGCCUUCGCUUGUUCCCCCAAUUGCUGUACGCCGCCGCUCGCCGAAUGCCGUUGCCGCGAACGAAGUUCAUGAGGUGGUCAAAAUUCUUACGACGAUCUGGUCCCGAAGUGGAAACUACAAAUCGAGCCCUGGCAAGUAUGUAUAGUUCCUAGCUGUAUUUGUAUUUUUUGCAGGACUUUUUCUUUGUGCGAAGAUCAUUUUCGAUUUUCAACGACAAUCAUUUUUCGUAGCUAUUGGAAUUUACAAUUUCCUUGUGUCCAAGACAAAGUAAAACUACGUGAGACUGCUAUGCUGUUUUUUGACUCACAGAAGCAUUCAUCAUGAUGCCCAACUCCACUGACAGAAGACUGUUGGUUUUCAAAGUUUAAGUUUCUCCUCCCCGCAGCGAAGUUGAUAAUUAUGAAUCAUCGUUUGUAGUUCUACAACAGGUUCUUUCAAGCAGCUUUCGGACCUUUGUGGGAAAGCAUCUGGCAUGACGCAUCGGCAGGCAGACAUAUCGCGCAUCGGCAAUGGCUCGAUUGUCGGCUUGCGUCGAUCGGAGUCGUCCCCCAGUUACUCAACGAUGGAGUCUCCGCGGUCCAAAACAACGCUCCCCUAAUCGAAUUGGAUGUGCUUCUACGAUCGCCAGCCAGACUUUUCAUGCACGUCCUCCGUGGCGGACCACAGAUUCGCGAUGCUGUUGAGCAGAGCACAACAAGUCCGGUCAUAAAGAUGACGGGGAACAGUUGUUCUGCACAACGAGAACUGAUCGAGGUGGAGGUGGAUUCUCCUGUUGGGAGCUCGUCAGGAAUUCAAUGCGGAACCAACGGACGAUGUGGAGCAAAGACAGGCUCGGGAGAUGCGGAAGCGGCACCAGACAGGCGUGAGGAGGUGGUCUGGCAGUGCUUGUCAACGCUGAGCCGUGGGAAGUUGACAAGGGACGCUUGCAGUGCUGAAGCGCAGAACCGCGUUGCACUGCUCUCAAGAAGAGUAGUGUUUCCCAAGUCGACACGACCGAGUUCAGAGCAGCAGCCAUUAGAGCAGCCUCGCACAAGCACAAGGAAGGAUCGAACGCCGCCUCAAGUGGUGCCUCAGGGGACGGACGACGCACCUGAAACAGUAGAUCCACCAGGGUUCGCACAGCAGUGGAUUCUUGUUCGCCGGAUGGAAGCACAGAAGCCUUCGACUCUCAAGGCUAGCACGAGUGCUAGAUAUCCGGUGUUGCGAGACUCUACCGGUUGCCCGGUCUCGCUUGGCGAGUUAUCGCAAAGAGAAUCGAUUGUGCGCGCAAAUAGGAGCACACGACUUGUUUCGUCUGAAGAAAGCUGCGGAGUAUCAAAUAAACUCAGGGUCGAUUCCUCGUCACGACUACCAUCGUCCUCGUUGCAACUGUGGGGUCCCGUCGUCAGUCGUUGGCAGCAACGUACUGGGGCUCGGUACUUUUGGCGGCAUGUAACACGGCGAUACAAAGUCUACGAACGGCGUGGCAGACGGCGCGUACUGCGAUUGAAGACAGGUGCCGAUCUCUUCUGGGGCGCGCGAGCUCGGAUACAGAACUCUCACAGAUCAUGUGGGCCAAUCCCCCGUCGCGUAAAAAAUGUAGAAGAUAACGGCGAGCACCCUGGCGCGCUAACAUCAGCAUCAGCGUAUAGCAAGACGCAGGCAGGACACAAGCAGUCUCAAGGCUGCGCUGAUCGGGAGUACGGCGUACUCGGUACAAAUCAAGAAGCCCCGAGUAGAGCAACCGAUGAAUCUAUAGCGCGAAGCCUCCGGCGCAUGAGGAACCGCGUGCACAAGGAAGCAGCGCGCUUUGUCGAGUCUUGUACAGAGGAUUCGGUGCGGGGACGCAUUAGCGGCUUACCUUUGUCUUCGGCCGAAGCACGUGCCAUUGCUCGUGCUAGCUUGGCCGCUUCUCGUGGCAGCGUGGCGCCAGUUGUCAGGAGCUCGCAAACUUCGUCGAAACAAGAUGUGGAGGCUGAGAGCCGCCGGGUGCGCGACACGUGUUGCGGUCUCUCGCGCAGUAGUCAGAUUAGGCGAUUCUGA